AUGAAGCCCAGACGACUGCUGCUGUCUCUGCCUCAUCUCCCCACGAUCACAGAGACGCUGGAGGACAUGACUCCGCAAAGCCUGCCUGUCUACCCCCCUCACACGCUUCCCUCUCUGGAUGAUGAUUACAUGGCCAGUAUGAGGGCCCUGGCUUGUCCCUCAGAGGCCCCCAGCUGUGGACCAGUGCGCCUUCACAGGGGACAGAGGGGACGCCCCAGCGCCAAAGCCUCGCUGAAACUGCCUUCCACAGCUCCUCGAGUACUAAGGACUCACAGAAGUCUGUCUCAGUGCCCAGAAGAGUCCUCCGUGAGGCUAAGCAGGGAGAGAGACUGCAGAGGCAAAGACCCUGUAGACUGGUUAUUUGGACAAAGGACUUGA